AUGUCAGAAAGUGGAUCUCCCAGAGAAGUGAAUCAAGUUCCUAACACUUCUACUCCAGGUGCUAGUCAAGCCCAUGCAACUACACCUGCUUCUUUCUCGACACCGGGAGCAAGAAUUUGGUUCAAUGACUUACCUGCUCGAAGCAUUCGAAGCUUCGAUGACCUUAGCAAGGGGUUCCUAACCAAUUUCUCCCAACAAAGGCGGUAUGUUAAAGAUGCUACAGUGAUCUUUCAGAUCAAGCAAAGAGAUGAUGAAAGCCUUCGAGAAUUCAUAGAGAGAUACAAGAAGGAAGGUCUAACCUAUGUGGGAGCAGACGAGAAAAUGAGGGUGGCCGGUUUCAUGAACGCCGUUACAUCUAAAUACCUCACAAGGGAUUUUAACAAAUCCCUCCCCAAGACUUUGGAAGAAGCUCUCGAAAGGGCUGAGGCAGCCCAUAUUUGA